AUGCGCAAAGUGAAGAGGGAUCAACGAAAAUUGGCUGAGAAUUUCGUCUCUCUCGGUGAUAUUGCAAAGACGUCAUCGAAUACGUACGAUCUGAUCCAAGAUGUUCAUUCCACACAAGAAGGUCUCUCGUUGCGAAUCACCGCCAUUGAAGCAUCAGCUCAGCGACAUUUCGCGCGAGAUCGGCGCGCUGUCCGAGAUGAUGCGAUCGCGGAAGCGAAGCGAGGCGAGCGAAAGCGAUCAGAGUCCAUCGCACGCCACCGUCGUUCGAAGACGUCGCGAAGCUGUCAUGCCAUCGUAACCCACCUGGGCGCGCCAGUUGCAAAGGAUGAGUUCUCAAUGGUUGCGUAUCGUUUACGCAUCCAUGGUUGA